AUGAGCGGAGAAGCAAGUUUUUCUUCAAUGGCACCACCAACUUUUGGUGGAGAAAGUUAUCAAAUCUGGGAGGUUAGGAUGCAGGCAUAUAUGGAAUAUUUGGAUUUGUGGGUGGCUGUAGAAGAUGAAUACAUAAUUUCUCCCUUUCCAAACAAUUUGACGAUGGCGCAAAUCAAAAAUCACCAGGAAAGGAAAAUUAGAAAAUCUAAGGCAAAGGCAUGUUUAUUUGCUGCAGUUUCAUCCACUGUCUUCACUCGUAUCAUAUCUCUGAUAUCAACAAAAGAGGUAUGGGAUUAUCUUAAGGCUGAGUAUGAAGGAGAUGAGAGAAUUAUAGGGAUAUUGUUGGGUUCCACUUUUAACGAUUCAAAUAUCGUUGAGAAAAUCCUUGUAACGGUACCUGGAAUAUUUAAGGCAACCAUUACAACUUUAGAAAAUACUAAGGACUUGUCCAGUAUUACACUAACAGAACUCUUAAGUUCCUUUCAAGCACAAGAGCUACUACGUGUUAUGAGACAAGAAGCAGUUGUUCAAGGAUCUUUACCUUCCAAGCAUCAAGAUGAUGGACGAUAUAAGAAAAAGAAGAAUAAGAAAUACCAACCAACAGAUGGAGAAGGUGCAACACGCAACAAAAAAGACAAAACAGGUAGCCUCAAAGGAAACUACCAUCCUUGUAAGCAUUGCGGCAAGAUCGGACACGCACCUUUCAAGUGUUGGAGAAGGCCUGAAGCUAAGUGCACUAAGUGCAAUCAGUUUGGGUAUGAAUCAAUAAUAUUUAAGAACAAAACUCAGCAGCAUGAUGAAGAUGCUCGAGUUGUAAAUGAACAAGAGGAGGAUCAACUAUUUGUUGCAUCAUGUUUUUCAAGAAGUGUUUCUAGCGAGUCAUGGUUGAUUGAUAGAGGAUGCACAAAUCAUAUGACUCACGAUAGAGAACUCUUCAAAGAAUUUAAGCCUACUCGAGUUGAAAAUGUUUGA